AUGGCCAUGCUGAGAGUGUCCUCGUAUCGCAAACUGUUUGAGGAGGAGCAUCAGAGAUCAUCAACAUGGCUCAGUCAGCGCUGUGGAACCCAGCUCCUCCAAUCUUCUGCCAGGGGUGGAGUUUCCACGAUCGACUGGCCUGAACCGGACUUUUCUGCAGCUCGAGCUUUAAACAGGGAGGGUCUGAUGCGUUUCUCCCAGGAACGCUCCAUAAUGGCUGCCCUCAACGAUCGCCUGGUGUUCCUUAUCGACAUGGUACGAUGUCUGGAAGAAGAGAAUGAAUCUUUAGAGGCUCAGAUUACAGAGAUGGAAGAAAGAUUGGCAGAUGAACCAAGACUUUCCAGCUCUAUCAUUCAAGGCUGCCCCUCAGAAUCCAGCCUAGAGGCUGUGAUUGAUCGACUGCGCAGAGAGAAGGAUGAAAUCUUGUGCCAUUCAAAGAAGCUGACUAAAGAACUGCAUCAUAUAAAAAUAAAGUAUGAGGAGGUCGUUGAGCAACGGACUAACCUCCAACUGGAACGCAAAGAGGUUGCCGUGGAGGUGGAUACAGUGACUGCUGACUGCUUGGCACUCCGAGAACAAGUGGCAAUCUAUGAGGGGCAGUUAGCUGCCAUGGAACAACAGCAUGAGUUGAGGAUUGAGAGUCUGUGUGAGCCUGGAGCUGAGGAUCGGGCUGAUCCAACCGUGUCUCUGCAAUUCCCCUCCAUCGACCUCACUCCAGCCAUCACGGUUAUCAAGGACUACUACUGCCAGCUGGCUGAAAGCCUACAGUUUGAGUCCGGUACCGUUGCAAUUGCCAGAGGAGAAGAGAAGGGGAGGAACUUGGAAAAACCUUCUGGAGGGAUGGUUAAGGAUAAUUUAGAGGUGAUGGACGUGAAUGGUCUGAAGGAGCUGAUUGCAAAGCUGCAAAAAGAGCUUGGUGACCUGAAGGCAUGUGGUGAGGAUCUGGGGGCAGAGAUUAAAGCCAAAAAAGAGGCUCAUCUGCUGGAAAUUGAGGAGCUAGAAACCUGCAUCUGCCAGCUAGAGAAAGAGGAGGCUGACUUACAAGCACAGAUGAAGGAACAAAAGAGAGAAUACGAAGAACUGCUCAACGAGAAGAUGGCACUAGACGUAGAAAUUGAAGCCUACAGGGCUUUGGUGGAGGUGGAGGUGGAAAGGCUGUGUAACUUUUAAGAGCGAAAGACCCAGACACACGUGUAAUGUCCCGUGUAUUGAGGCUGAACUAAUACAACACUUACAACAAGGUGCACUUUUAAAAGAUGUCUUUAUCUGGUAUCUAUUCCCAUUGGCCAAAGAUAAACCAUUUCUGAUUGGCUAAGAAUGACACUUAAUAAUAAAUAUUAUUAUUAAUAAUAAAUAAUAAUAUAAAUAAUAAUAAAUAAUAAUAUUAAUAAUAAUAAUAAUAAUAAUAAUAAUAAUAAUAAUCCUGGUAUGUAUUAAUUACUGUCAUUUUUAAUGUUGCAAGACUCAUGAAGGGUGCUAUACAUAGUUUUGUUUGUUUUUACAAAUAACCAUUUUCUUAAUCAAAACAUUCAGUUGAAUCCUCAUGAAUGUGCGAAUUUGCUAAAUUGAUAACAAUAAUAAAAAGCAAUAUAUACACAACUAUUAUUAACAUUAAUUCUUCUUAUUGGUUUUAAUAUGUUGUCUCCAAACUGUUGCUGUGCAAAAAAACUAAAAACUCUUCAAAUGUUUGCCGUGAAAGAGAUUCAUGUUUAAAAAAAGAAAAUAAGAAAAUCAGACACAACCUUUUGAGCGAAUACAGACCUACACUAAAAGAUAAAUGGCAUCUUUCCAGACCAUUGAUAACGUUCAGAGCAAUCAGUGGUUGUUAACCACACAGUUGUGAAAGAAGGGAAUUGUCUGAGCUUUGCCGUGUGGGUGAAAUUUCCCUAUAUAGCUUUAGAGUCUUACAAACUACAUCUUGCAAAACAAUGAAACACACAUUCAUAUAAACACAGAAUGAAUUUGGAAAUGUUGCCCCACCCCCUGAAUUCUGACCUGACACUGAUCAAUUACAUCCUCUUAAACCUUUGCCCUGUUCUGCACUGUCCAAAUGCUACUGAGUUGUUGUUUUUUUCCAUUGUUGUUGGUAGUGGA